UGUGAAAUGCGCCACCGGAAGUUUGCAGAGCAACUGGGCGUGUUUUGAGCGACUCUAAGCAUUUCCACGAGACCAACAGGACUUCAUUGCUUUUUAUCUUUUUUUUUUCUCUUCCACCUUUCGUCAAAUAGUUCUUUUGUUUUCGGAAGGAUGUCUCACGCGGUCAGCCCGACCAGCACCGGCAGGAGUUCGACGUCGGACAGCUUUUUCAACCUGGGAUACACCCGAACCAUCCCGGGACUGCUCAAAAUGGCCCAAAUGGUGGCGCUGCUGAUCACCUUCCUGUGCGUGCACUGCGUGCGGGGCUGGCCCAGUUGGGCCGCCUUCCAGUUCUUUGAGGUGGUGGCCUUGUGGUUCCUGGUGGUGCUCCUGAUAUUCUUCCUCAUGCACUUGUGCCGCCUACAGGGCAAGAUGCCUUGCAUCAAUUGGCCGCUCACUGAAUUCUUCCACUACUCGGUGGGUACGGUGCUGAUCUGCAUCGCCUCCAUUGUGGCGGCGGUGAAGAGCGGGGGCGUGUCCGCCCUGGUGGCGGCGUCUGUGUUCGGUUUCAUCACGACCUUCCUGAUGGCAGUCAGCUUGUGGACAUCUUACAGUGUCUCCUGUGGACCGCACCACACCGGCGCAGCUGUGUAACACCCUCAGAUAAGAUUGGCCGCCUCCGGAGCCAGCUCCCUUUUCCGCUUAGUAACCGGCUGACACGUCAACGCGAUUGGACUAGAGUUGGGAGCUGAAAAAUGUCGUCAUUGCACAGGAGAAGUGGCUUCCGCGACAUUGUUACACAAUAACAACAGGUGCAAACAAUGUAUUUUCAACUUGCUGAUUACAUUUCCCAUCAUUCCCUUUGGUUUUUGUCGCUAAGUUUGGGACGAUGAGAGAGCAGCGCCCUCUGUUGCCCGUUGUGUGCCAUAAAAACCCUGUUUUUUGUUUGUUUUUUUAUAAAUUCCUCACCGUUUACAGUAAUUGCACGGUGCUAGUGUUUCAACAAAAACGUACCAUAGAGAAAAUCAAGUUUACACGACCGAUAACGAUUAUUGUUAUCACGAUUUUGACACUUUUACGCUUAUAAAAUGAAAAUGUGAAAGCACACAGAGUCGACAGACUGUUAAAUAACACCUUUGACGUUUGUAUUAAAUUGCGGUCAUGUUAGCGUAAGACCUAGCAUCAUGUGAACUGCAUGUACAGCUCUGUGACCAAUCACGCGCUUUCUUUUACGUGCAAUUGUUAGUCAAGAUCCGGGCAUCAAAAAAGAGUUACUGUAUGAUGAUAUUAUGAUGUAUACUGGUGAAAUGUUUUUAUUUAUCUGGUCUAAAUUGGUUGAGAGACACAGAAUUUGGUGGACGUGUUAACCAGAACAGAACGUGUGAAAAAGUGUUGAAGACCUAAGCCUGAUUUUGAACGAGUCAGCCAUUUUGGUUACAAGCUUUUCAGGGUGAAUUCCUUCAGUAGUGAGCCUUAAGAGCUUUAUAAAAUAAAUCAGCCCCUAGCACCAGUUUCAUCUAUUGACUUGAAAUUUGGUGGACAUGUUUAUCACACUAGGAUGCACCAAAAAGUCUCAAGAACCCAUGCCGGAAAUUGAACAGAAAGUAGUCCAUUUUGGUUUGAAGAAGUUACUUUAGGCCAAAUUACAAAACUAGUGCUGUCUGAAAAGUUGUAAAAAAAAUCAGCCCCUUAAACCAGUUUCAUCUAUUGACUUGAAAUUUGGUGGACAUGUCUAUCAUACCAGGACGCACAAAAAAGUCACACGGACCCAUGCCUGAAAUUGAACUGCAAGUCAGCUAUUUUGCUUUGAAGAAGCCACUUUUGGUAAAUUCCCAAACGGGUGCUCCUUGGAAAGUUUGAUCAAAAAAAUUACCCCCUGGCACCAGUUUCAUUUAUUGACUUGAAAUUCGGUAGGCAUGUCUAUCAUACCGGUAUGCACCAAAAAGUCUCUAGGACCCAUGCCUGAAAUUGAACUGCAAGUCAGCCAUUUUGCUUUGAAGAAGCCACUUUUGGCAAAUUCACAAACGAGUGCUCCUUGGAAAGUUUCAUCAAAAAAAUCAGCCUUUAGACCCAGUUUCAUUUAUUGACUUGAAAUGCGGUAGGCAUGUCUAUCAUACCGGUACACACCAAAAAGUCCAUAGGACCCAUGCCUGAAAUUGAACUGCAAGGCAGCUUUUUUGGUUUGAAGAAGCCACUUAUGGCCAAUUUUCCAAACUAGUUCUCCCUGGAAUAUUUCACCAAAAAAAUCGGCCCCUGGCACCUGUUCCAUGUAUUGACUUGAAAUUUGGUGGACAUGUUUGUCAUACCAGGAUGCACAAAAAAGUCUCAAGAAUCCAUGCCUGAAAUUGGACAGGGAGUCGUCUAUUGUAGUUUGAAGAAGCCUCUUUUGGCCAAGUUUCCUAACUAGUGCUGUCUGAAAAAUUGUACAAAAAAAUCCGCCCCUAGCACCAGUUGCAUCUAUUGACUUGAAAUUGGGUGUGCAUGUCUAUCGUAACAGGAUGCACAAAAAAGUCUCGAGGACUCAUGCCUGAAAUUGAACUGCAAGUCAGCCAUUUUGCUUUGAAGAAGCCACUUUUGGCCAAAUUCUCUUAGUUGUACUCUCUGGAAAGUUGCACCAAAAAAAUCAGCCCUUAGGACCAGUUUCAUCUGUUGACUUGAAAUUCAGUGAACAUGUCUAUCAUAUCGGAACGCACCAAAAAGUCUCUAGGACCGAUGCCUGAAAUUGAACAGGAAGUCGUCUAUUUUGGUUUGAAGAAGCCUCUUUAGGUCAAAUUUCCAAACUAGUGCUGUCUGGAAAGUUGUACAAAAAAAACAGCCCCUGGCACCUGUUCCAUGUAUUGACUUGAAAUUUGGUGGACAUGUCUAUCAUACCAGGACGCACCAAAAAGUCUCUAGGACCGAUGCCUGAAAUUAAACAGGAAGUUGUCCAUUUCGGUUUGAAAAAGCCACUCUUGUUCAAUUUUCCAAACUAGAGCUGUCUGAAAAGUUGUACAAAACAAAUUAGCCCCUGGCACCAGUUUCAUUUAUUGACUUGAAAUUAGGUAGACAUGUCUACCAUACCGAUACGUACCAAAAAGUCUCAAGGACCCAUGUCUGAAAUUGAACUGCAAGUCAGCCAUUUUGGUUUGAAGAAGCCACUUUUGGUCAAAUUCCUCUUAGUAGUACUUCCUGGAAAGUUGCACCAAAAAAAAUCAGCCCCUAGCACCAGUUUCACCUAUUGUCUUGAAAUUGGGUGGCCAUGUGUAUCAUACCAGGACACACAAAAAAGUCUCUCAGGGCGAUGCCUGAAAUUGAACAGGAAGUCGUCCAUUUUGUUUUGAAGUAGCCACUUUUGGCCAAAUUUCGAAACUAGUGCUGUCUGAAAAGUUGUAGAAAAAAAUCAGCCCCUAGCACCAGUUUCAUCUAUUGACUUGAAAUUGGGUGGGCAUGUCUACCAUACCAGGACGCACAAAAAAAUCUCUAGGACCCAUGUCUGAAAUUGAACUGCAAGUCAGCCAUUUUGGUUUCAAGAAGCCGCUUUUGGCGAAUUCCCAAACUAGUGCUGCCUGGAACGUUUCACCCAAAAAAUCAGCCCCUAGACCCAGUUUCAUGUAUUGACUUGAAUUUAGGUAGACAUGUCCAUCAUACCGGAACACACCAAAAAAACUCAGGACCCACGCCUGAAAUUGAACAGAAAGUCAGCCAUUUUGGUUUAAAGCAGCCAUUCCUACUAGGGAAUUCACCCAAAUGAAGUAUCCUAGAUAGUUUCCUUGAUGAGAAAAAUAAAUGACCGUUGAAGUGAAUGACAUCUUAUAAAGACAAAAGAACGUCUGGAUGAGCUCAUGCUCACGUAGCAAUAUUAGCGACUUAGCAUGUAGUCGUUCAGCGUCAUUACACGCGCUAGCUGUUAGCAAGCACUGCAAUACAAUCAUUUCUAUUCUGCUGAUUUUACACUUUUUGGAAGGAAAAAAAAUGUGAAAAUUGUUUUUACAUGCAAAAUGAACAUGUUUUUGUCUGAAUGUUUCAAUGUUGAAAGUAGAAAACGUAGCCUAGCUGUAGAACAAUUUUUCAAUUUACCAAAGUGACAAAAAAAACCCAUCUGCCAUUGAAAUGAGUAUAAACCAUUCAUGUGUAUUACUGUAACGCAUUAUCCAUAUUUAUAUCAUGUCUUCCAGUGACUGAAUGUUUAAAUCCUGCUGCAACUUGAGUUUUUUCACGCUGAUUAUUUUGUAUUUGUGCACUGGCGGGCUUAAAACGCCCCUGAAAGUUGCUUUUUUUCAUGGCUUUGUCUCCCCGAAAGUGCCUUAACGUGCCAGACGAUGAAGCGGUUAGCGCGCUAGGUGCUAGCUUGAUGCUAUGAGAAGCGAGGAGCACAAUAUUUACACGUGCUUUCAUGUUUAUUUGAAGUUUGUCAUGUGCUGCAUGUUUGCAAUUAAACCAUUAUUGCACCAA